GGGUGAGGCCGGGGUCUCACCUAAUCCGCUCUCGAAAUACUCCCGACGGACAGAAGGAACGAACGAUAGAUAGAGAGAUACGAAAGUAAAAUCCCCAUUCUCGCUUUCGUCCUCUCUUUCUUUCCCCUUUGAAACCCUAAAUAACCUGCCUUUCUCUACAUCGCAAUUCCUUGAUCCGUAUCCAACUUCCAUGGCCAGCGACGAGCCAUCCUCCCACAAGAAGCACCGAAGAUCUUCUCCAGACGACGGAGCCGACGACACCUCAAAGCGACGCAAGCACUACCACAGCCACCGCCAUCACCACCACCACCACCACAGCCAUCGCCACCACCAUCGCCACGACCACAUCAAGAGCGGCGAAGAAAACGAACUCCCUCCGCUUACCGUGGACGCAAUCCCCUCUGAGCCACGGCCCUAUGGCAACGAUGACAAGGAAGAGGGCGAGAUUCUCGACGAGGAAGAAGAGGAGCAACGAGGAACAGGGUAUGAUAGAGACCACCGUGACUUACUUAAGGAGAAACCGGAGUCCGACGUCGAAUCUGGCGAGAUCAAGCCCGACGAAGCUGCUGCCGUUCAAUCGCCUGAGAAUAAUCCACAGGAGUUGCAUUGUGAGGGAGAUACCUUCUUAGGUAAAGAACUUGAAGAGCAAAACCAUGGUCAGCCACUCGAUGACAGUAUAUCAAGAGAGUUUAGGAAUGACGAGACGAAAUCGAUCUCAAUCGUAGAUGCUGGAGAAGAAGGCAUCCAUAAGCUGUGUGAAUAUAAGAAAACCACUAAAAUGCAAGAUGAGUUUGCAGUGAAUGAAACCAUACAAUCACCCCCACGACACAAAAGCUCAAGGAAAGCACAUAUAUCUCCAGUAGUCAAUGAGCAUUCUGAGUCGACGCCUAGCGAUAGUAUGCUGCUUGCUGCCAAUGGGGACAUGGGUCGUAAGUCGUCUAGAGGGGAUUCAAGACACAAGGAUUCUAGGUCCCCUUUAAAGCACAAUGGGGAGGGGAAAAACUACAGGGAUAUUGAAUCAAGUGAUCACAAAAGGCAUGGCAAGUCAAAAUCUCCAGCUGCCAGUGGAAGUUCUGACUCGAAACACAGGAAAAGAGAGGAUAAAGAACGUAACUCAGUGAGAUAUGAGUCAAGGAGACACUCGGAUUCAUUGAAUGCUAUCAGGGACAGCACAAAAAACAGAAGAUCCAUGGGACAGUCUCCAUCUUAUGAGAGAUAUCAUGAUGAGGCCUGCAUGAGGAAACGAUCUAGGUCCCAUGAUAAUACAAGAGAGAGGAGCUCUGUGUCCAGAGAUUAUGUGCAAGACAGGGUCUUAUCACAGACAGUUCAUCCUCGUGAACAGGAGGCUAAAUCUUAUAUAGAUGAUAAUGAUCGAGGAAAGCAGUCUGAUUCUAGGGAGAACAUGAGAAAUGAUUCUGAUCGUGAGAACAUUGCAAGACGUCAUAGUGAUUAUAUGCAUGACAAAAGAGACAGGACAGAGAUGGAUCGGGUGUUGCGCAGUGAAAGAGAGCGGAGUCAUAGUUAUAGCCGGCAUGGUGGGCGAGAUGACAGGCAUGGUAGUCGAGACAGGGACAUGGACAGAGAUAGGGACAGGGAUGUGGAGAGAGAGAGGGAGUGGAAUCGGGACAGAGGCAGGGAGAGUGAAAGGAAUGGAAAUAGGGAGAGGGAAAGAGAUAGAGGUAGGGGUAGGGAUAGAGAUAGGGAGAUGGAGAGGGAUAGGAUUAGCAGGCAUCAUAAAUAUGGUGGUUUGGAGGAUAGCCAUGGUAGUAGAGAUAGGUAUAAGGAUUCCAGGCAUCCAAAAUAUGAUGAGCUGGAAAAUCACAGGGACCAAAAAAGAUCUAAAGAAUCAGCAAAGGAACCCGGUUCUAGAAGACAUGAUUUGGGGGAGGGAAAAGACAAGUCAUUAAGAGAGGAGGAUGAAGAAGAAGACUAUGAAGAGAAAGUUGCAUUGAAGCUUGCACAGCAGGAAGAGGAAGAUGUUGACAGAAUUAAGGAGGAGAGCAGAAAACGACGACAAGCAAUUCUAGAAAAAUAUAAACAGCAGAAGUCACAGCUACAGGCUGAUUCUCAAAAUGAAGAAUCUGGGAGAGAGGAGAAGGCAUCUGUGGUUGAUGAAAAUCCAGAAGAGCAGUCUUCUCCACCGGCUGCUGCCAAUUCUGGUCUGGCAGUUCCUGAAAGACUUGAGAAUAAGCAUGAUUCUUCAGAUGUUUAUGUUGCUGAUCCAUCAUUCAUUGUGGGUAAAUCACCUCUUCAAAAUGGAAAUUCAGCUUUUGAGAGGAGCUCAGGUGCUGGGGGACUUGGGGACGGUACUCCAAAGAGUGAGCGAUCAGCGGAUAUGUUCUGUGAUGACAUAUUUGGAGAAUCACCUGCUGGAGUUCGUAAAUCAGGAAAAGGGGAUGGUUUUCAAGUUGAGAGGAGUGGCCUUCAUGAUAAUUGGGAUGAUGCUGAGGGUUACUACAGCUACCGAUUUGGAGAAGUACUUGAUGGUCGAUAUGAAGUCACUGCAGCUCAUGGGAAAGGUGUUUUUUCAACUGUUGUUCGUGCAAAGGAUCUUAAAGCUGGUAAAGGUGAUCCUGAAGAAGUGGCCAUAAAAAUUAUACGCAAUAAUGAUACCAUGUACAAGGCCGGUUUGGAAGAGCUGGUUAUAUUGAAAAAGCUAGCUGGAGCAGACCCUGAGGACAAACGCCAUUGUGUUAGGUUUCUGUCGAGUUUCAAGUACCGGAAUCAUCUUUGUUUAGUUUUUGAAUCUCUUCAUAUGAAUCUUCGUGAGGUUUUAAAGAAGUUUGGCCGUAAUAUUGGCCUUAAACUGACUGCUGUGAGGGCAUAUGCAAAGCAGCUUUUUAUUGCGUUGAAGCAUCUUAGAAACUGCGGCGUUCUGCACUGUGAUAUUAAGCCAGAUAAUAUGUUGGUAAAUGAGGCUAAAAAUGUGCUAAAGCUUUGCGACUUUGGCAAUGCUAUGUUUGCUGGAAAAAAUGAGAUCACUCCUUACCUGGUGAGCCGAUUUUAUCGUGCACCUGAAAUAAUUCUUGGCUUGCCUUAUGAUCAUCCCAUGGAUAUAUGGUCAGUUGGUUGCUGUCUGUAUGAGCUUUAUUCAGGGAAGGUCCUUUUCCCGGGUCCAUCAAACAAUGACAUGCUCCGGCUCCACAUGGAGUUGAAGGGUUCUUUCCCAAAGAAGAUGCUUCGGAAGGGGGCAUUUACUGAUCAACAUUUUGAUCAGGAUUUGAAUUUUCAUGCUACAGAGGAGGAUCCUGUUACCAAAAAGAUUGUGAAGAGGCUACUUCUCAAUAUUAAGCCAAAAGAUAUUGGUUCACUAAUUACAGGCUCCCCUGGCGAGGAUCCCAAGAUGUUAGCCAAUUUCAAAGAUCUUCUAGAAAGAAUAUUUGUCUUGGAUCCAGAAAAGAGGAUGACAGUAUCUCAGGCAUUGAGUCAUCCAUUCAUCACGGGCAAGUGAAUACAGAUGCUGAUUUUGUGACCCCAGAAAUGCUGUUGAGCUAGAUACAUAUACCUUAUGAUUUUAAAUUUAUAUUCAGCUCAUCUAAUCAUUGGGCAUUUAUCUGUCUGUAUCUCCGUCAUGCUGGGCCAAGAGCAUUGGAUGCAGAUUUUGGCAUGGAUGAAGCACAAAACAGAUGUUGGGUUGGGAGAUGUUCCUACUUGGCGGUUCUUAUCAAUGGGAUAUGUUCUGUUUCUAUUGGUUCCAGUGCUAUGAGGCAACCAAUUCAUUGCUUUAGAUGCUAGAAGGCAGCCAAAUGAAGGCCUUUUGCUCUGGAGAUGGAUGGGCGCUUGACCAUUGCUGUGAAAGCAUUACUUGGGGCUUGAAUGGUAAUAUUUCUGGAACUCCUGGCGACAAAUUUAUUGAUCAAGAGGGCCUAAGCGACCAAAAGAAUACAAAGCAAACCAAGAAUCAAAAGAGAGGGAACAAUUGCCAAGAACAUCAAGAAUUCAAGACCCAGUCACCCAAUCCCUCACAUCCAACGUUGCCCUUUUUAAAAUCUCUGAAACCACCCCACUUUUGUUUAGCAAUGAUUAUUUCUCUCUCCUCACAAGGCCCAAAGGCUGAUAAAGAUAACCUACGUAACUCCCUUUCUCUCUUAUUAAUUCCACCCCCAUGCUAAGAGAGGGAGAAGCUCGCUAUCGAAUUUGGCAUCACCUAUGAGACGCCGAGAUAACCAAGAACCGCACUCACAACUCUAGCAAAAGGCUAGUGACUGAGUAAGUGGUUGGCCGACUCCUGAUUUUGCAAAUAUAGCAAGUAGGCAUUGAUAAUCAUCAUCUUUCUCUUUUGAAGUUUGUUAAUUGUUAGCACCUUCUUUCUACCCACCAACCAAGCCAAUAUUGCAACCUUGGAAGGGGCCUCAUAGAAUCGAAUGUUGUGCUCUCAUUUCUUGAAGAAAGCCCAUGGAUCAACAUGUAAAAGGACCCAACCAAAAAUUCCAUAACUUUUAUUUGAUCCAAACCAUUGAAUAUCUAGUCGUCUCAAAAGGUCUGUUACCAAGAAAAGUCGCUUUAACAAGUUAAUGAACUCCACCUCUUCCUCUUUUAAAAGAUUCAUGCGGUCAGGAGGGGUCCAAACCACCCUUGUUUGAAGCCGAAAAGCAUAGAUCGAUGGUAACGUCCGCAUUCAUGGCCAAGCCGACCAACCUUGGGAAGUCUUCGUGAAGAGUUCUCUCACCCAACCACGCAUCCUCCCCAAACCUGAUAUUUUUAUCAUCAACUAGGGAAAACCCAAUCCCUUGAACUUCUCCCCAAUUUGGAAAGCCCAUAGCCCAUGUAUAAAGAAGAUUUUUUUUUUUCCCCACUUUAAUGGCAAACUUCUUAGCAAUUACUUCCUUCUAGAGGCCACCCCCCUUACCGAACCUCCAAAGCCAUUUACCCAUAAGUGAUGUGUUCAUAGAAACCAACUUUCUAAUACCCAGACCCCUUUCCUCAUAUGGUUCACAUACCUCUUCCACUUCAUUAGAUGAAACUUGUUUUUUUUUUUUUUCCCUUCAUCUAUUUCUUGCCAUAAGAAAUCACACCUAAGCCUCCCCAAUUUGUUCAAAACAUUUGUUAGACAUUUGGAGAGCGGUAAGAAGUAAAGCAGAAGGUUUGGUAAUCUUGCUUUGAUAAAUGUCAAUUUGCGUCAAAAGGAAAGAUGAUGAUGUUUUCAUGAAGACAGCUUCCUUUCAACUCUCUCAAUCAUCAUCCCACAAAUGCGUUGCAAGCUUGGCAAUGCACAAGGGGAGGCCUAGAUAAGAUGAAGGAAAUGACCCGGCCUUAUGGCCGAACACCUCCGCUAGCAUCUUCACCACCUCCUCUGAAGUGCCGAUACCCAACAUUUAACUUUUGAGAAUAUUCACCUAUAGGGCCGACACAACUUUGAAGCACCGGAUACCCUUCCUUGAGUUGUCCACCAUGGAUACACCUACAUCAUGAGUGAAUAGUAUCAUCACAAACCAUAGGUGAGAAACUUGAAGUUCACGCGGCAUAUAAACCUUUUUGUCCAACAUCUUGCUAGAGGCUUCCACUACCGCCACAAACAAGAAUGAUUGCAAUGGAUACCCUUGCCUAUUCCCUCCCGAGGACUUGAAAAGCUCUUUUGGCGGACCGGGUUUGUGUGCGGUCUGCCAAGUUCUUGAUCCUAGUUAAUGGGUCUCCACCUCUCCUAGCAUCUUAGUCGAGUCGACUCAACAUGAUCUUAGAGUCCUAGUUGACAUGAUCAUACGCCUUUUCAAUAUUUAUCUUAUAAACCAGACCCUUCUUGCCUUGUGGUGAGAGUCAAUGUACUCAUGAGCGAUUAGCGUGCUAUCCAAAAUCUGUCUCCCUUCAACAAAUGCACCUUGACAUUGGAGAUAAGAUGCCCUAGGACCGUACGGAAUGUAGUUGCCAGAAUUUUUGCUAGGAUUUCAUAAGGAGCUCCAAUCAAACUAAUGAGCCUGAAGUCCUGCAAGCUAUCCGCCCCUUCUUUCUUUGGAAUUAAAGCAAUAAAUGAAGCUCCCAAUUCGGAAGAAAGCCAAUAGCCUUCGAAGAACUUGACAAUAAAGGCAAGCACAUUGCCUUUCAUCAACUCUCAAAAUUCCUGGAAAAAGUGCAAGGGGAAACCGUCCGGCCCCGAUGCCUUGUCCCACCCCAAAGCAUUCACUACUACCUUGAUGUUAUCCUCAGACACCAUAUUUUCAAGAGAUGUAAUCUCCUCUUCAGAAAUCGCUGAGAGGGCUAAAUUAUCAAGCCUUGGCCUAACCCAACUCUUGCCUAAAAGAUCAUUAUAGAAUUGAACAGUAGUGUAACUUUGUAUUUUCCCCCAACCUGGCCCUGUCCACCACAAUGUUAUGAAUGUCAUUAUUCCUCGCCCUGGUGUUAGCAAGUUUGUGAAAAAAACUUUGUUCCUAUCCCCUUCACUGAGCCACAUGGCUCUGGACUGCUGUCGCCAUUUGAUCUCCUCCUCCAACUGACUUUUGUAGUCAUGCAAAAGAAAUUCUCUUUUAUAUACUUAAUAUCUUGGCAUCAUCAAACUGAAUAUUGAAUUUGUAAUGCAUUUCCUUCCCUUUGGUCAUUCUAGUAGGUAUAUAAUCUCUUGUUCCCCUGAUUUAGCUGAUGCGGCUUUUUUUUUUUUUUUUGUGUAAAAAUGAUAGAAGACAUGAUCAAAUGAUUAUCGAUAUGCAUCAUUCCUGCAACAUUUAAGUGCAUAUUCAUGUAAAGUUUCUUUGAUACUAGUUAAAUAUGUGAUAAAAUGCUGGUGAGAUGCAAAUUCACCAGAGUAAGUUAUAUGCUGUUUCUGUCCUUUGUAAUCCUCACCUGGUCCAGUUUCUUUACUGGGUUUGAAGCAAAGGUGGAUGAUGCCUGUUGUAAUGUUUGUUCACUUUUCUGCCUCAAGUUGGGUUUCCUCACCAGGCGUAGAUUCUUUGUCGAUUUCCUGUCAGUUCUGGAUAUUUUUUUUUUUCCUGCUUUUUCUGUGAUCAUACUUUUUUAAUUAUAAAUUUUACUCUUGUCAAAUGCUGUACUCUGGGCUUCUUUGUUUUUCUUCCUUCUAUUAUUUUUUUAAAAAAAAGGUGAUUGCCCUAGUCAGAUGCUGCUUGGAUACUCGUAAGCACAGGACAAAUCCUCCUCCUUAGGCUUGAUAUCAAGAACUAUUGGGAUUUGAACUCUAGAUUUGUUAGCUAGACUUUUUAGUAAAUCACUAAUUAGGCAACAAAUUCAACUUGUGAUAGUGUUAGGAAAGUAUUUUUACCCUGACUAUACUCAUGAGCCGUGACCCAUUCUUUCUGUAUGCAUCCUGAGAAUUUGGAUUGUGAGGACCUGAUCCUUGGUGUACAUGUGCACAAUACCUUACCUGUACUCGGGUAAUAUUGCAUAAAUUGGCUUCCUGAUGAUUUUGCAAAUUCUCAUUGUCAUCUUUUAUUUUUCUGAUUCAUAUUUAGCUUUGGGGUAAUAUAACAUAGUGCAUGUUUAGCUUGGAUAAUGGCUUUGAAUUCGUACAGAUUGGUUUGUAGAAUUGAAAAACUCUUAAACAUUUUUGACCAUCAGAGGAAAAAUCUGACUAAUAAGAUGGUCAAUUAGUUUGGCAUCCCCUUGAUAGGAGCUUUACUGGUAAAGUAGUCAUAAGACUAAUAUGUUUUCUAUUUGAAUUCUAAGUAUGCAUCAUUGAGCAUUAAAACCAUGCUUCUCAUUCAAGUUGGUUAGGAUAUUUACAUUUAUGAAUAUAGGGCCCUUUUGGGGCGUGCCAUGGCAUGAUGUUGUUCGUGUCACUGUUGCCUGGAUAUAGUUAUUUUAAAAUGAUUAUAAUCAGUGUUCGAAAUAUCGGUAUCGCGCAAUAUAUCGCACCCUUGGGAUACAGAUACGUAUCGGUUAUCGCACGGGAUAUAUCGUUUGUAUCGCGUAACUUAUCGUACUUUUUGGGAAACAUGGGGAAACAUUGGGAAAAUGGUUGAAUUUUUCAAUGAAACUUCAGGGAUUAUUAAAAAAGACCUUAAUGCACACUUUUAAGUCAUGGAAUCUCAAAAAAAAACAGAA